UCGGAGGGCAUUGAUACAGCGUCGCGUUCCAGCCUGUGACCGAAGCAAACCGUUAAUGAUCUUUCUUUACACGAAGUGUACCGUUAUCGAAGAAAUCUGCUUAUGAAUGGGAACAUGUUCGGAAAUACGUGUUAAGCGAAUUGACGCGCUGGUUUGGGCAAGAGGCGAAGGACCAGCUGAAGCGGUCUCGCUUCUCUCACUAAGAAAAAACGUAUGAUGACCAUGGCCAUCGGUGAUAACUAGCUUUGCACUUCAAACCAUUCCAGAUUUGUAAAGACAGGAAGAAAAGGAAAAGAGUUGUUUUUUUUUUCCUACAGGAAGAGAAUGACACAUCUUUUAACUGAUUUUGCGGUAUUGCGCCGCGGUUCAACAACGGGCUGCUUUUGACUGGUCGUUCUGGAUCCGUUCCACGGCAGCUGCCUCCGUUACUGAGCCACACCUAGCGUAACAUCUCCGCCGUUCUCACCGUGUCUGCACGGGGUAGCCGACAAAUACCGCCUCCGUUACCCAGGGCGGCAGCGCCAUGUGCCGUGCUCAUGUAAUGUACUGAAAGAGACGUUGUGUCUCGUUACCGGGAGCGCAUUCUGAGCUACAGGAUUCACUGCGCUAAACGCUCCCCCGUCGCCCGAAGGAUGUCACACCGGGGCGUAUGAUCGGAGUGCAAAAGAUUCGGGUGACAAGGGAGAACUGUAUUAAUUCACCCGGAGGCGAGCCGGUCUCCCCUUGCAUUGUUCUUGGCUAGACCUCGGGUUUUAUUCCUACAUCAUCCCACACCACCAAGACGCGCGCCAGCUCGAAUUGACGACAUCAAAGUUAGCAGCUCCGGCAGCCGCUGCCAUGACGACCCGGGCUCCUUUCCUUCCGAUGCUGCUGGCUGCUCUCCGAUUGGCUGCCUGUUCGUUUCCAGAGGAACCUGGCCCUCUACUCUCCGCCCCUGCUGAGGUUGCCAGGCACUAUCCUGUGUUUCUGGGCAGAGCUCAUCGCUCCUACGUGCGUCACGAGUCACUCUAUGUCCAGAGUGUGCUCAGGGUGAACCGCACCCUCUACAUCGGCGCCAGAGAUGACCUUUACCGUGUGGAACUGGAUCAUGUUUCGGGAGAUGAGAUGUUCUACAGCAAAAAGCGUACUUGGGAAUCCAAUAGGAAUGACAUUCGCAUCUGCAGGAUGAAGGGCAAACAUGAAGAGGAGUGUCGUAACUAUAUGAAGGUCCUGCUCAGUCAGCCCGACGGCCUCUUCGUGUGCGGGACCAAUGCCUUCAACCCGCUGUGCGCCAAUUACACCAGAGACACUCUGGAAAUGGUAGGAGAACCCAUCAGCGGAAUGGCACGAUGUCCCUAUGACCCCAAACAUGCAAACGUGGCCCUAUUUGCAGAGGGUAGCCUGUUCACCGGUACAGUGACGGACUUCCUGGCUAUCGAUGCUGUCAUCUACCGCAGCUUGGGAGAUAGUCCUGCCCUCCGCACAAUCAAACAUGAUUCUAAGUGGUUUAGAGAACCAUUCUUUGUGAGUGCAGUGGAGUGGGGACCUCAUAUCUACUUCUUCUUCAGAGAGAUGGCCAUGGAGUUCAACUACCUGGAGAAGGUGAUGGUGUCACGUGUGGCGCGUGUAUGUAAGGGUGACCUGGGCGGAUCCCAGCGCGUCCUGGAGAAGCAGUGGACGUCGUUCCUGAAGGCUAGGCUGAAUUGCUCCAUCCCGGGAGACUCCCACUUCUACUUUAACCUGCUCCAGGCUACCAGCCCCAUCAUCCGAAUGCAUGGCCGAGACAUCAUACUGGGUGUCUUCUCCACCCCCCCCAACAGCAUUCCCGGCUCGGCGGUGUGCGCCUUCGACAUGCAACAGCUGGCUCGAGUGUUCGAGGGCAGGUUCAAGGAGCAGAAGUCGCCGGAAUCAAUCUGGACCCCCGUUCCGGAUGAGCUGGUGCCCAGGCCCAGGCCUGGGGGCUGCGCUGGCCAAGGCUCCAGGUUCAGCUCCUCCACUGCCUUCCCCGACGAGGUAUUGAACUUCAUAAAGACCCACCCUCUCAUGGACGAGGCCAUCCCUCUGCUGGGGUACAGGCCCUGGAUAGUCAAAACGAUGGUCAGGUACCAGCUGAACACCAUGGUGGUGGACACAGAGGCAGGGCCGAACAAGAACCGAACUGUGGUGUUCCUCGGGUCCACCAGGGGGACCGUUCUUAAAUUCCUCAUCAUGCCUGGCAAGGAGAGUUCUUACUCCAGCAGUAACAUCUUUCUGGAAGAACUGGAGGGCUACAAUCCUGAGAGGUGCGGGGAUGAAACUGCACAGGCACGUCAGCCACUGUCUCUCACCCUGGACACACCAAGCCACACUCUCCUCAUGGCCUUUCACUCCUGUGUGGUCAGGCUGCCAGUAGCACGCUGCCAUUUGCAUUCUCGCUGUAUGAAGAACUGCAUCUCCUCUAGAGAUCCUUACUGCGGCUGGACUAGAGGAAGCACCUGUUCUCUCCUCAGACCGGGGACCAGACUGCCUUUUGUGCAGGAUGUUGAAUAUGGAAACACCACACAUCUUGGAGACUGUGAUGGGCUGCUGCGCGAGAGCUUCAUGGACGAGCCCGAGAGCCUGGUGACGCUGAACCUGCUGGUGGUGGCCGCAGUUUCGGCCUUCUCCACCGGGGCGGCGCUCUCAGGCCUGGCCGUGUGCUGGAUCAUGGGCCAGAAGCACCGGCAGCGCUCCCACAGCAGCGCUUCCUCCUCCGGCAGCCAACGCAAGGGCGAGAAAGAGCGCGUUGGGCCGGGCCCGAGUGGCAGCGGCUCAGUGAUGAGCGUGUCGCGGCACAGCGCCCCCGAGCGCCCGCGCGCCCAGGGCGAGACACUCUUCGUCAUGCCCAACGGCUGGGUGAAGGCCGGCGACUUGGACCCGGGCCUCCUACCCACGCCUGAGCAGACGCCACUGCAACAGAAGCGCCCAACGCCCGGGCUCCGGCUCUCAGACUCGGGCUCCAGCUGGGACCAGAGCCAGACGUUCCUGAACCCUGCGGGCAUCCAGUGCCCACCGCCGCCCGCUGCUAUCUUCCUCAGUUCCAAGCUCCUCCAGGGCGCCGGGGACCGACGUCACGAGGACAGCGUGGACCGCCAGCGCUACGUGUCCCUCUACAAGUACCGCGAGCAGGGCGUGCGCUCGGGCACGCUGCUCCGAAAGUCAGCGGGCGACUACAACUACCCCAUGACUCCGCAGGACUCUCCCGACCGGAGGAGGGUGGUGUCCGCACCCAGCACACAGAUGGAGUACAGCGGCGAGGCCCUGCGCUGGACCCACGAGGCGGGCUACAUCUACAGCGGCCACGGCACCACCCCGACUGCCGGCCUCCACUACGGCCCGGCCGGGGCCCACCCGCCCGGCCUCUCCCGCUCCGGCCUGCACGGAUCCCGGGGGCUGAUGGACCUGGCUGAGUUCAGCCACCUACUAGGCAAGGGAGGUGGUGAGCGCACACCCUCGGGCCAGUGAACGGAGAAGGGGGUGGGGGGGAUUGAGAGAGAGGGAGAGAGAGAGAGAGAGAGAGAGAGAGAGAGAGAGAGA